AUGAAAAAUUUUCUUCACAACAAAACUGACAAGCAGAGUGUUUGCCAUCGUCAGAAAAGUUUGGCAGAUAAAACAAUUAAAGAAAAACCACAAACCGAGAGAGGAAUUUCUUCAUUACAUUUAACAGCCAUCAAUCAAUUAUUCAAAAUAGGGUCGGGACAGAGCAAUAGUCACUACAAUGGAAGCACGAGAAUGGGAAGUUCUCAAGACUUACAGAAUCGGAGAAAGCGCAGAAACUCUGAUUGCAUCUCAAAUUACGUUGAUAGAGUUCGAAUUUGUGAUACAAAAAGUAUCGAAUCUGAGUCAAUCUACAGCAAAGUGAAUAGUCAAAAAACGGGUUGGCGUCAAAAAUCUUUAUCGAACAUUGACUUGUCUUUGAGCAACAAAGAAUUUCAGCCUGGUGCUGGUGCAUUUCGAUACCGAGACUUUGAAGCACAUGACGAUUUUUGUAUAAAAAAUAUUAAGAACAACAAGAAUAUUGAGAUUCAACGUGAUUACGAAGACAUUUGUAACGUCAAUCCUAAAGCUCAAGGUCAGAAACGCGACAUCAUUCAAGAACAUAACAAACUUCAUGUCAAUAGUCGAGAGAAGGAAACGUGCAGUCUUCGAAGAAGCAAAAGCUUAGCAGUGAUUAGAGAGGAAACUUUCAAUGAUUUAGCGAUUACAGGGGCAAACAAGAGACGAUCUCAAUUAAUUCCAAGAGCAAAGCUCAUCGAUAGAAGUUUCUUUAAAGAUCGAAUAAGUUUUCCACUCGAUGAAAGUUUCAACUGCAGUAGCAGCUGCUUGAAUGCGACUAUUGAUAAUGUAAAGGAGGGCAAGAAAUUGAAUUCACAUUAUUAUUCUUGGCAAUAUGAUCGAAGUGAUUUGGAAAGCAUUGAUUCAAGCAUCUUUAAGAAUUCCUUACAUCAAAAUUCACUAGAAAAGUCGAAUUCAUUGAGAAGUGAAUCAACGAAAAUAAUUUCACGAGCUGAAAUUCAUAAAAACGAUGACAACGACGACGACGUGCAAAAAACGUUUAAUGCUGAUGAGAUUUUAAAAGACGGAAACGACACAUUAACAUCGAUUAACAUUAACGAAGAUACGGAAAGUGGGAUUACAAUCAUUGAAAUAAAGGAUCGACACGAUAAAGGAUCUUCAAGCGUCAUAUCAUACGAUUCAAUUUAUUUAUCUUCAGAAAGUGAUCAAGACACGGUUGUGAAUGAAGGAAAGGUUAAAAACAUUCACACUGAUAUUGAUUCAAAGAUCAAAGAUUUCGAAGAAAUAAUUAGAGAGCUAAAAGUUGUCAAUGGUAGUGUUGGAGGUGAAAGUGAAAAAGCAGGUGUCGAGUCAAUUAUCGACAAUUUAUACAGUCAGGUAGGAAAGGGACUAGGAAAAGCGGAUGUGAAAACUGCUCAAGCGAAAAUUACUCUCGACACGUUAAACAAAUAUUCUGAUUAUAUCAGUAAAGGAACAGUGGAAAGUUUAACGAGAUUCGUUGCUGAUGGAAUUGAGAACGAUAAAAAAACAUUGAAAAUAAACGAGCACAACAAGUCAGUUUUUCAAUAUUCAUCGCUUCCAAACGCAGACAUCAGCAAAUUACUACGAGAUUGCGAACUUAUAGAUGCGAAAUUAAGGGACGAUGUAUCAGUUGAAUUGUCUGAACCUUAUCCCGAUUACGAUUCAGUGUCUAAUGAUGUGAAUGAGUUGUUGGCAACAAAGAAGCAAGAAGACGAUACUCGAAAGUCAAGUGAGGUGAAAAGAGAUUCAACCAAACGAGAAACAAUUUCUAUCGAUGAAAAUCCUAAAGGAGCGCCUUCCAUUGAACUCGUUCAACUACCGACAAAGGAAAUAAUCGAUAACAGCAAUUCUAGUGAUUUAAGAGAUAGAAACCACACAACGAAGAUUUAUUUGCCUGAUAUUGGCGUGGAAUUCGAUUACGAAAAUUCCAUAGUAAGUUUUGAAACUGAAAGUGAUUCAGACAUUGAGUCGCCAACACAAAAGCCUCCGAUUUUUAAUCUCGUCACGAUUACGGGACGAAAAGUUUAUGUUGAUGAAUUAGCAGCAAAGGUUGAACAGCAAAAGGAUAAAGCGACAACGCAAAGUGAAGUAAAUAAAAAAUCUGACGUUUCUGUUGACGCCAUCAGUAAGAAUUGUCCCAACGAAAUUGUUCAGAAAAUAAUCAUCGCCACCGGCGAUAAACAAGACGAGAUAAAAGUGACUAAGGGUAAACAAGACCUCGUUGAUUGCACUGAUAAAAAGCAUUUAGCUCAUUCAAAGGCAAACGUGAAAGAUAAAGAUAAGACGAAGAAAACGAAGACGACGAAGGUUCAACUUCAACAGUGCCAAGCUGACAACUGUGAGAAGAGUUUUCAUCUAGUGCGGGAGAGAAAUUAUCACAGUUUCAACAUGCCGCGCCCACAGCUAUUAAGUAUCAUCGAUUCAAAAAACAGCAUCCCAAAGAAGGAUCAUCCAAAGCAGCAACACAAAAACAUUGAUGUGAAGGUUGAAAACAAGAAUGAGCGAGUGAUUAAUCAAACAGAACGAGAAUUCCUUCACAAAGUGGAUUCUGUGAGAAAUUACUGGUCGAAGAUUCUCAAUAAUGAAAAUUCCAUUUCUAACAAUGGAAACCUCAAGCAGAUGUCAACAAAGUCAUCAAGUGAUAUUCCUGAUUCUUUGAAAGAUGAAGAGUUUCAAAGCUUUUUUCCAACAGUCGAGAUUGUUGAGCUCAAUGGAGACACACAAGCGGCACUCGUCACGUCGCGAAAGUUGAACGAAGUUGAAUUUGAUCACGUGCGUUAUAAGGUGAUGAAAUCGGACAUGUUUCAGAAGAAUGUGCUUGGAGGCAACCGAAAAGAGACGCAGUUUGAUGGCUUGAUGCAAUACCUUCAAGAUUACAGCUUUCAAGAGUUGUUGGCUAACAAUAAUGUCGUGAUUAUUGAGCCUGUGCGAACAAAAAUUGAGAAAAUCACCGAACAACCUGCAAAAGCACAAUCAGCGUCGUGUAAAAUCACCAAUGGCGCUAUUAACAAGAACAACUUGAAGAAACAUUUCUUUUAUCAUCCGAUACGAGUUAAUAAAGAGCUCUACGAAGAAGAACUUCCGGUUCCUGAUACAGUUCGAAACGUGCGAAAGCUUUUUGAAGGAUCUCUUCGACGAACAACAACAUCACCAUCAAGGGAAAACAACUCAAAGAUUUCGGAAUCGAAUGACAAUUUACGAAGGAAGACUAUUCGCUAUCUUACCAUCGACACGUCCUUCGACGGCAGUAAUAACUUGGGUGUCUCGAAAUGGGAUUCAAUAAAUAUCAUGGAAAAGAUAAGAGAAUGCGGUUCAUCGAUAACGUAUUACGGCGGUCAAACAAUAGAGAAGAAUAAAAAGUCUGAAGUUCUGUCAAAGCCAAUUGUAAAAGAGAUUAAUGGUACGAAAUGCAAUUGUCAUUCACGACGUUCUUCUCGAUCAAACGAUAAAUAUUCUAGAAAGACAAGCAAUGAUUAUUCGGGUGAGUUUUUUCGUGAAUUUUCUGGUUUUCAUCAUUUAAUGAACUUUACGUGCUUUCCAGGGAUGAAAUUUAAGCUUGUCAAGUCGAAUAGUUGCAGUAGUCGUUUAGAACUAACAGGAACAUGUUUAGAGAAAAAUGCUGAAGAAAUUCAAAACAUGAUUCAUGAUCAUGACGACAACGACACGGACGACAAUAAUAAAGAGUUAGAUGAACAUGAAGAGACAGUGAAGGAGAUGGUUAACCGUCUUGAAUCGAAGCAUUCGAUUAUACCGCCCACACCGACAAAGCCAAGAAUUAUUGAAUCAAAAUGUAUUGAGAAAGCUAACAAAGAUUUCAUUCCGAAACUUACAAUCAACCAUCAAAGCUUCGAUAAAGUUCCACAAAUCAAUGAAAAUGUUUCUGUGAAUAAUCAUUUAAAUUCAGGGUCAAGGAAUGCGACGCAAGAUGAUACCGAAACAAAUAUUUCAAAGCCAAAAGUAGUGCGAAAUAAAAAUGUCGAUUUGGCUAUGGCAUCUGUGAUGUGGAGGAAUGAACAGAAUGUUAAACUAAAUUCAAUGUCUGUUGACAUGGAAAAUCUGGCAACAAGAGAAGAACUUUCACAUGCUAAAGAUGCCAAAUGGAGCAACAUUUGCAAAAUGGAUUCAGUUGAGAUGGUGAAGAAUCAAGAUAAGAUAAACAAUUGCGCGCACAUUAAAAGCCGACACCAGCACCACCCACAUGAUGAGAAAGAGCAAACGGUGAAGUCAACGCAAAUAAAUAAUUCUCAUGGGGAUGAGAAGUCCAUAAAAAUGGUAAAUUGGAGUACAGUUGGCAGUAGUUUGGGUAAGGAAUAUAUUGCAAACGAUCGUAACUUGGUUCAAACGCGAAUAUAUGAUGAAAUGGAGUUUGAAGAAUUCGAGGUGAUGGGUGAACAAUAUGACAGCUUAAAUAGUAAAUAA